AUGAUGAGGGUUACCCCUUUAUUGAGUUCAAGCAAUUUAUUAGGUUCUACUCCAAGCAUUCAGAUCAUUGGGACAAGCAGCCACAGUGGAAGUCAUAAAUCCUUUGAUGUUUUUGCGGUUCCGAGCUCUAGAAGAGGCAGCUCCGCUCAUCCUCCUUCCGUUGGUGGUACAGAGUCGUUUGCUCCUCCACGAAGUGAGGUACAUACUGGCUAUCAUGGAAAUCGAAUCAUGCCGACCACUUUUGUACCUGUGGCCUCUUCUUCCUCAUCCAAUAGUCAUCAUAAUACUGAGAAUGAUGACGAUCUUUUUGAAACAGGACGAGGUUGUUGCAUGGACACCUUAUGUUCAGUGAGCACGGUGUUCAUAUUAUUGACAACGGCGAGCCUUUUCAUUACAGGUUUAUUGAUAUGGAUUCCGUCUAUGAUCUUAUUGAGUCAGAAUAUUGUCAUUAACAUGGAAAUAAUUUCCAUGAUUGUUGGAUUCUCAUUGGUGUGUGUCCUUCCUGUGUUCACCAUCAUGUGCUAUUUCAUAUCCAGGUUCUUUAUAUCAAAACCCCUGAGAGCUCUUGUGAAACAAGUGAGCUUGAUGAGAGAUUUGAAAUUAGAGAGCAUCGUUCCUGUGAAAUCUAUUUUCAAAGAGUUUCUUCCAUUAACAAUAAUACUUGAAGAUUAUUUAGAAUUCAUGAAAGAGAUCAAAUCUUUUAUUCCAGAGACUCUAAUUGGAGAUGUUGCCGAUGAUGAUAUCCUUUUUAAUGAGAAAGAAGUUAAAGCGGAGCAUAAAAGAGAACAAGAGCUUACAGAAAUGAAGAGAAAAUUAGUGACACAAAACAGUGUUCAAACCAUCAGCAGCAUUCAUAGCAUCAAAAGUGCCACGUCAGGACAUCCCGCAAAGUUGUCUAAAGCAGUUUCAAAGCUUGGUUUACCCUCCCUACCAUCCCUGGGAUCCACUGCAAACAUUGAAAGAAAAGAGCCGAAAGGAAACGCUAAACAUCAUACACCUCAAUUAGGCCUUGGUUUGCAAUCGUUUAUUAGUACAGUAAUUAUCAUUCAGUUGAGAAAUUAUAAUGGUACAAGCUAUCCAACGGUAUCUGAUUUGUUGGCUGUUUUUACCAUGUUUUUCCAAAAAGUUCAAACUGUCAGCCGACAAUUUAAGGGAAGAUGUACCAUCAUUUCACCAAAAAUUGUCAUGGUCUCAUUUGAAAGUGGAAAGAAUUUAGAGCAGAAUGCCUUACUCUGUGCCCUUCAGUUACAGUACCAUAUUGAUGCGGUGAAUGAACAACUAGAUACCCAGGUGCAUCUUCCCGUUCUACAAUAUGGAAUUGGAGUUUCUCGUUCUGAAUGUUUGGUUGGAAAUAUUGGAACAAGUCAAACAAAAUAUGCUGCAUGCAUUGGAAAUUGUCCAAGCAAUGCUUUGAGACUUGCAAGUUUGAAUGAAACAUUUGGAACAACCAUAUUGACCGAUGAUUCUCUUUUAAUUGCACUUCAAGGGUUUGUCUCACGUCCUGUUCACUUGAUGCAGAGAAAGUCUAUAAUUCAAGGUGAAAGUCUUGCCUUAGAUGAUGAUAAUGCAAAACAAACCAUAAUUCAGCUCAUUUCUGAGAAAAAGCUUCAAGACGAUGAAUGGUUUUAUGAACUUCAACAACAAGAAGAGAACAAUAAGUAUGAAAAAUAUAGUCAAACAUUUGAAAGCUUGAAAGGGCAAGUAACCUUGAAUAGACUUGAAGAGAUACAAGGUAUAUUCGCUUCAUAUUUACAAAGCGAUCCCAAUGAUAAGGUCAUCUCAAUUCUCCAUUCGCAACUUGCAAACAUUAAGAAAAAUGGUAGAGAUGACAAGUAUGUGGAAGAACAAAUAAGAGAAAUGACUAUUGAAAAUUGUCCAUUCGUGCAAGAUGUAUCCUACGAAUCCUUACUCUGA